AUGACUGAAAUGACUGAACAAGAAGACCUAAAAUACAAUAACCAAUUCCAUGUGAGCUUCCCAUCACAAUCCAAGAAGAAGAAAAACAAAGAGAAGAAGAGAAAAAGGGAAGAGGAAGAAGAAAGCCAGCUCGACUGUGUUGGAAAGUGGUGGGCAGUCAGAAACUUUGGUGAAAUUUCUGGAACCAUAGAGAUGGAAAUGGACAAAGGAACCUACGUCCCCACCCUUGACAAUGGCCUCUUUAUCCUGGAAGCCCCACACAGAGAAGACGAUGAGGGCCCCAGCCCUCCCGAGCAACUCACAGCAGUCAAGCUGUCAGAUUCCAGAAUUGCCCUGAAGUCUGGCUAUGGAAAGUACCUCAGAAUAAAUUCCGAUGGCCGGUUUGUGAGGCAAUCGGACAUAGGACCCCGCGAGCAGUGGGAACCGGUCUUCCAGGAUGGGAAGAUGGCUUUGCUGGCUUACAACAGCUACUUUAUCAGAUGUGAUGAAGGAGGUGAUAUGGAAGCCAAGAGCAAGACUGCAGGGGAAGAAGAAAUGAUCAAGAUACGCUCUUGUGCAGAAAGAGAAAACAAGAAAAAAGACGACAUUCCCGAAGAGGACAAAGGGAAUGUGAAGUAUUGUGAAAUCAACUACAUAAAGAAAUUCCGAAGUUUCCAAGACCAUAAACUAAAAAUAAGCAAAGAAGACAGCAGAGUUCAAAAGGCCCAGAAGGACAGACUUUUUCACGAGACAUUCCUGGACAGGAGAGUCAAGUUGAAAGCCGACAGAUACUGCAAGUGA